GGGAGCACACCCUGGGGCAUCAUAAAUAGUCAGCUGGGGGGAGAUGCCUCCAGCACAGAGCUCAUCUGAGGGGUGGACGCUGCUGACGCCACGUGGCAUCGCUCCCAGGACUGAGAUGUGUGUGGGGAAGUGCAGCCGGAUUGUGGGUCCCUGCCUGCUGGCCCUGGGCACGCUCUCCAUGGCAGCCAGCAUCCUCCUGCUCUUCCCUGGCGGAGCAUCCAAGUACCUGCUGGAGGGGCACAUCAGCAGACACGCCCUGGCCGUGCCGGGUGUCUGGGGAGGCGGCAUCCCCGUGCUGCUGGCAGCGACCCACAUCACAGCACUGGGGUGGCGACGUGCCGGCUGCUCCACCUGCGGCACCCGCUGGAAUGCCUUCAUCUCCACCGUGCUCUCCAAGCUGGCGUUCCUGGGCGCUGCCUCCUGCUUCAUCCUCUCCGGGGUGGGUUUGACCAACGGCCCCCUCUGCUUCUACAACGCCUCUGAGCACAGCCUGGGGCACGGAGCCCUCUGGGGUUACCCCUUCCCGGAUGCCGCUGGCCAGGUGCCCGAUGCCAGGUGAGGGGCUGAAUCACCGGCCCAGACCUACCUCUAGAUCCGGCACUGGAGCAUCUGCCUGGACUCAGAAGGGCAUCGUGCCUGGAAAACGUCGGUCUCUUCUCCAUCUGGCUGCUGCCAGCGUGGCGAGAUGGUGCUGUCCUUCCUCCAGAUCAUCAACGGCUGCCUCGGCUGCCUCUGCGGCCUCUGUGAGGGCAAGUAG